AUGGCACAGAGUGGAAACGGAGCAGCAUGUGAGAGUGAUCUUACAUCACUUGGUACCGGACAAGAGCUGAACUUUGAUAAUGACACACUGAAAGGUAAAGAUUCUUACAACUGUUAAUAGUGUAUAACCAAAAGGCCCCUAAUAUAGCAAACUAAGGACAAAUAAAAUAAAAUUUAGAAAAAGACAAAAAACCGUCAUUUGAAAACAUUCAACAUACGGAAGUGGUUAAAGAGUCAAAGUCGACAGUAUCUCUACUAAAAGUGGGUUUUUCAUUUUCAUUUUUUUAUCUAGAUUAGGCUUUUCGCAGAAUUUCUUUUCGAGUUUAUCACUUAUGGCAUAAUGAAUGGUUGUUUUGGUACUAGUGCUUUAUAUACAAGUAAAGAUAGUGCCAAUUUACAGCUUUAUACUGAUUUUUCCAGAUCAAACUAUUAUGGCACAGAGUGGAAACGGAGCAAAAGUGAGAGUGAUGUUACAUCACAUGGUACCGGACAAGAGCUGAACUUUGACGAUGACACACAGAAAGGUAAAGAUUCUUACAACUGUUAAUACUGUAUCACCAGAAGGACUUAAAGAUUACAAACUAAGGACAGAUGAAAUAAAAUAUACAAAAAAGGAAAAAAACCGUCAUUUGAAAUUAUUCAACAAACGGAAGUGGUCAAAGAGGCAAAGUCGUUAAACAGUAUCUCUACUGAAGGUGUUUCUUUAUCUAGAUUAGGCUUUUCGUAGAAUUUGUGGUCGAGUUCAACACUUGUGGCAUAAUAAAUGGCUGUUUUGGUACUGGUGCUUUAUAUACAAGUGAAGAUAAUGUCAAUUUAUAGCUUUAUACUGAUUUUCCAGAUCAAACCAUUAUGGUUCAGAGUGGAAACCAUUAUUGCACAGGGUGGAAACGGAGCUGCAUGUGAGAGUGAUGUUACAUCACUUGGUACCGGAAAAGAGCUGAAUUUUGAUGAUGACACACUGAAAGGUAAAGAUUCUUACAAGUGUUAAUUGGUACUAGUGCUUUAUAUACAAGUAAAGAUAGUGUCAGUUAACAGCGUUAUACUAAUUUUUCCAGAUCAAACAAUUAUGGCACAGAGUGGAAACGGAGCAGCAAGUGAGAGUGAUGUUACAUCCCUUGGUACCGGAAAAGAGCUGAAUUUUGAUGAUGACACACUGAAAGGUAAAGAUUCUUACAAGUGUUAAUAGUGUAUAACCAAAAGUCCUCUAAUAUAGCAAACUAAGGACAAAUGAAAAAAAAAUUUAAAAAAGACGAAAAACCGUCAUUUGAAAACAUUCAACAUACGGAAGUGGUUAAAGAGUCAAAGUCGAAAGUAUCUCUACUAAAGGUGGGUUUGUCAUAUUUUUUUUUUUUUUUCUAGAUUUGGCUUUUCGUAGAAUUUCUUUUCGAGUUUAUCACGUGUCGCAUAAUGAAUGGUUAUUUUGGUACUAGUGCUUUAUAUACAAGUAAAGAUAGUGUCAGUUAACAGCGUUAUACUAAUUUUUCCAGAUCAAACCAUUAUGGCACAGAGUGGAAACGGAGCAGCAAGUGAUAGUGAUGUUACAUCACUUGGUACCGGACAAGAGCUGAACUUUGAUGAUGGCACACUAAAAGGUAAAGAUUCUUACAACUGUUGAUAGUGUUUCACCAAAAGGCCUUUAAUAUAGCAAACUAAGGACAAAUAGAAUAACGACAAAAAAUCGUCGUUUGAUAACAUUCAACGUUUGAUAGAUGACGACUGAAAGUCGUUAAACAUUAUCUCCACUGAAGGUGUUUUUUAUUAUUUAUCUAAUAUUAGUUAAUACUAGUUCAUACUAGUUAAUAUUAAUUUAGAGCUUUUUACCGAUUUUUCCAGAUCAAACCAUCAUGGCACAGAGUGGAAACGGAGCAGCAUGUGAGAGUGAUGUUACAUCACUUGGUACCGGACAAGAGCUGAAUUUUGAUGAUGACACACUGAAAGGUAAAGAUUCUUACAACUGUUAAUAGUGUAUAACCAAAAGGCCUCUAAUAUAGCAAACUAAGGACAAAUGAAAAAAAAAUUUAAAAAAACACAAAAAACCGUCAUUUGAAAACAUUCAACAUACGGAAGUGGUUAAAGAGUCAAAGUCGACAGUAUCUCUACUAAAAGUGGGUUUUUCAUUUUCUUUUUUUUUUUUCUAGAUUAGGCUUUUCGUAGAAUUUGUGGUCGAGUUUAUCACUUGUGGCAUAAUGAAUGGUUGUUUUGGUACUAGUGCUUUAUAUACAAGUAAAGAUAGUGUCAAUAUAUAGCUUUAUACUAAUUUUUCCAGAUCAAACGAUUAUGGCACAGAGUGGAAACGGAGCAGCAAGUGAUAGUGAUGUUACAUCACAUGGUACCGGCCAAGAGCUGAACUUUGAUGAUGGCACACUAAAAGGCAAAUAUUCUUACAACUGUUAAUAGUGUAUCACCAAAAGGCAUUUAAUGUAGCAAACUAAGGACAGAUGACAUAAAAUAUACAAAAAAGGCAAAAAACCGUCAUUUGAAAUUAUUCAACAAACGGAAGUGGUUAAAGAGGAAAAGUCGUUAAACAGUAUCUCUACUGAAAGUGUUUUUUUCAUUUUUUAUCUACAUUAGGCUUUCCCUAGAACUUGUGGUCGAGUUUAUCAUUUGUGGCAUAAUGAAUGACUGUUUUGGUACUAGUGCUUUAUAUACAAGUGAACGUAAUGUCAAUUUAUAGCUUUAUACUGAUUUUUUAGAUCAAACCAUUAUGGUACCGAGUGGAAGCGGAGCAGCAAGUGAGGGUGAUGUUACAUCACAUGGUACCGGACAAGAGCUGAACUUUGAUGAUGACACACUGAAAGGUAAAGAUUCUUACACUGUUAAUAGUGUAUCACCAAAAGGCCUUAAACAUAAGAAAUUUAUGGAGAAAUGAAAUAAAAGAAAGGAAAAAACCGUCAUUUGAAAACAUUCAACAUUUGAUACAUGAAGACUAAAAGUAGUUAAACAUUAUCUCCACUGAAGGUUAUUUUUAUUUUUUAUCUAAUAUUAGUUAAUACUAGUUAAUAGUAGUUAAUAUUAAUGUAAAGCUUUUUGCCGAUUUUUCCAGAUCAAACCAUUAUUGCACAGGGUGGAAACGGAGCAGCAUGUGAGAGUGAUGUUACAUCACUUGGUACAGGAAAAGAGCUGAAUUUUGAUGAUGCCACACUGAAAGGUAAAGAUUCUUACAACUGUUAAUAGUGUAUAACCAAAAGGCCUCUAAUAUAGCAAACUAAGGACAAAUGAAAAAAAAAAUUAAAAAAAGACGAAAAACCGUCAUUUAAAAACAUUCAACAUACGGAAGUGGUUAAAGAGUCAAAGUCGACAGUAUCUCUACUAAAGGUGGGUUUGUCAUAUUUUUUUUUUUUUUUCUAGAUUUGGCUUUUCGUAGAAUUUCUUUUCGAGUUUAUCACUUAUGGCAUAAUGAAUGGUUAUUUUGGUACUAGUGCUUUAUAUACAAGUAAAGAUAGUGUCAGUUAACAGCGUUAUACUAAUUUUUCCAGAUCAAACCAUUAUGGCACAGAGUGGAAACGGAGCAGCAAGUGAGAGUGAUGUUACAUCACAUGGUACCGGACAAGAGCUGAACUUUGAUGAUGACACACAGAAAGGUAAAGAUUCUUACAACUGUUAAUAGUGUAUCACCAAAGGGCCUUUAAUGUAGUAAACUAAGGACAGAUGACAUAAAAUAUACAAAAGGGGCAAAAAACCGUCCUUUGAAAUUAUUCAACAAACGGAAGUGGUCAAAGAGGCAAAGUCGUUAAACAGUAUCUCUACUGAAGGUGUUUUUUUCAUUUUUUAUCUAGAUUAGGCUUUUCGUAGAAUUUAUCGUCGAGUUCAACACUUGUGGCAUAAUAAAUGGCUGUUUUGGUACUGGUGCUUUAUAUACAAGUGAAGAUAAUGUCAAUUUAUAGCUUUAUACUGAUUUUCCAGAUCAAACCAUUAUGGUACAGAGUGGAAACGGAGCUGCAUGUGAGAGUGAUGUUACAUCACUUGGUACCGGACAAGAGCUGAACUUUGAUGAUGGCACACUGAAAGGUAAAGAUUCUUACAACUGUUAA